AUGUUUUCCGCACUUCGGCUAAACAACAAGAAACAACGCGUCGACCAUUCAUACUCACACGCAAACAGAAACAAGAUUUUGAUGGCCGGCAACGAAGAGACCAUGGAGGCGGAUGAUUCUAACGGCUAUUCGCACGGAAAUAAGGUUAAGCUUAGGCUCAGAGAUCCAUCCAAGAAAGUGGCUCAAACGAAGGAGAUGCUGUCUAAGCAAGCGGUUCAGACCAAAAAGAUCUUGUCCAAACAAGCCGUGAAGAUCGCUAAGCAGGCUGAGGAGCACGAAAGGUUUAUCAACAAGGUGACACAUUUGCUGGGUGUUCUUGGAUUUGGAGGCUUCUGCUUUAUUUUGGGUGCAAGGCCGCAGGAUGUUCGAUACCUGUAUUGCUUGUUCUAUGUGAUUUUCGUCCCACUUCGGUGGAUUUAUUACCGAUACAAGAAAUGGCACUAUUAUCUUCUGCUAAGUUUAACCAGUUCUCUAACAAGUUAUGUAGGUUCUGUAUUCAGGGCAUUCCCACGUAAAGAUUUUUGCUAUUAUGCUAACACAAUAUUCUUGAUUAUGCUGCUGUGUUAUCCUAGAAAUGAGAAGCUUUUCAUGGUUUGCUUCUCGUUUGCAGAGGGGCCGUUGGCAUGGGCUCUAAUUGUUUGGCGAUGCAGCUUGGUUUUCAAUUCUGUGGACAAAAUCGUAAGCGUCUUUAUUCAUCUACUGCCUGGAUUGGUGUUCUUCACAAUCCGAUGGUGGGACCCGGUGUUUUUCGAAGCCAUGCAUCCUGAGGGAACCGCUCGUAGAGCAUCAUGGCCGUAUGUAGAAAGCAAAUCCUAUCUGUGGACAUGGCUUUUUGCUGUUCCUUUGGUUGUUUACCUUAUCUGGCAGCUUCUUUAUUUCCUCAUUGUAAACGUUCUACGUAGACAGAGACUGCUAAGAGAUCCAGAAGUCAUGACUUCCUACAGAGAACUCUCGAAAAAAGCACAGAAAGCAAACAAUGUGUGGUGGCGACUUAGUGGAUUGCUCGGGGACCAGAACCGCAUGUUUAUGUACAUUUUGUUUCAGGCGAUGUUUACGGUGGCCACAACAGCACUUACGGUCCCGAUUUUCCUGUCCUAUGAAUUGCACAUCACUUUUCAAGUGCUCAAGGUCUCUGCAGCUGUAUGGAAUGGGGGCAAUUUUUUACUGGAAGUUAUGCCAAGGCAAGUCAUUCUCAAGGAAAAGAAGAAAACAGAAGUUCCGCCUGUUGAGGCUCGGUUUGACCAGUCGGCAGUUGAGAAUUCGGUCAAAUCGGACGAUUAUGAUGAGGUUACAGAGUCGUCAAUAGCAGAGCAUGCAGAUUAAAAAAAAAAAAAAAAGNAAGAGUAAGCUGGUCUGUUUGUUUACUGUUGGUGAUAACUUGUUGAGCUGAUUUGAUUAGUUCUUUGUUUUACAUGGUCUUGUUUGUCAACUUGGUAUGUAAUGCUGCUGAGAUGAAGAUGAUUUGAUGUCUUAGCUAGGUUGGGUUUAACUUUUAGUCUAGGUUAAAGGAUAUGUGAAUUGUGCUUUAUUUUACAUUAGUCAAUACUUGUAAUUUUUAUUUUAUUUUUUUGUUGAUUUUUUUUUUAAAUUUUAUUGAGGUUAUUUAAAUGGAGAAAU